AGGGUUCUAUAAUUGUAUUCCUUCAUCCCGCGGAGAGAGACAGAGACAGAGACAGGAUGAUGGAACAGCAGAAAGGGGAAGGGGAGAAACUAUCACCAUCACCAUCACCAUCACCAUCGAGGAAAAGAGCAAAGACGGAAGAAGAAUCGAAACAAGCAGUCACGGCGACUGCAGAAGCAAAAUCCGUCUACUUGUUCGCUUGUCACUUGUAUGGCCCUAAUGCUCAUGUUCUGUACGUUGUCGAUACUCCUCCUCUUCCUGAUCCCUCCACCUUCCUAGCGGAUGAUUCCCAGAUGGAAAUUACCCCGCCAGAACCUGUAGAACGACCACUAGAUCCCCUUGUCGAAUUCCCUCGCGCAGAAUACCCUAUGGAGAUGUGUGCCGUUGAGUUUGAUUCCAAGCUAUACAUUCUCGGGGGAGAAUUUGAUCCUCCGGAUUUGGGAGGACCGCCUCAGUUUCACGACGACGACUUCUGCCCAUUCCCCAGAGAUGUCCACAUAUUCGAUCCCACUUGUUCCUCCUUGAAGGUAGGUCCUAAAAUGAACUCCGGAAAGUUCAAACCUUCGGCAUUUGUGGUUGAUUCUAUGAUUUUAUGUGGUCUCCGGCUGCUUAGCUAGACCAGACGAUGAUUCGCUAGUCCGGUUUGAGGUUUUGAAACCUGACGACGAUGGUACUGGUGGAACAUGGACUCGAUUGGAGGAUCCUCCCUUCAAACGCACAUUGUUUACGGGCCACGUUGUUGUCAACAGACAGGUCUUUUUCUACACUCUCAAUGGGGAGUUCUUUUGUUUUGAUCUCGACUCCUCUAAAUGGUGGCGCAAAACCUGGGGAGAAGAUGGCUCCCCUUGCUGGAGCAAAUUACUGUCAGAAGAAGAAGAUCCCUUCUGCGAUGGAUCCUGGGAAGGUAGUAUUCGUUCUCCUUUCCAAGGCUGUCCCAAGCUUACGGAGGACGGCACCUUGUACUCAUGUUAUCAGGACUUUAGUGUCGCCUCAUUUGGUCAACUUGUUGCUAAUAAUGAUAACAGCUGGAGAAGGAGGAGCCAAGAAGAAGAACGAGAAGAGAAAAUGUUCGACAUAAAGAACUUCUUGUCGCCUGGUGUGAUUCAGAUCCACCGCAAAUUAGUGCAUGCCACGGUUUCCCUCGCGCACAUGGGGGAGAGAUUCUUUUGUCACGUGUUGUUUGGUAACCCUCUGAAGACCACCACUCCUCAGAAUUGGUACGCCCAAGAUCCUACAAGAUGUUAUGCUAACAUCACAAUGUUUGAGGCCUUGGAAGACACCUACUACUCUGAGGACAAGGGUUGUACUUUUUUCAGGGGUAAACUUCUGCAAUCAGCUCUUUUCAGGCUAAGAACCUCCCGCCAGUGGAGAGACACGCAGGUCACCGCCACGAUCUCGCGUUGGUGUUGGAAGAGGCGGACCUUUUAUAUGUUGUGACUGCGACGAGCAAGGUUUGGGGUGGGCUUACCACUGUAUCGAAUGCGGGUACGAGGUCCACCCCAAAUGUGUGAGGGCUGUGGAAAGUGGCCCGAUCGCUGAUGCUUGAUGGGCCUCCGACUGCUUGCUAUAUAGUACUAG